ACAGCAUCAUGGGUAACGGUGGGGAUGGUGUCUUAACCUUCUUAUAUAUAACUUUUAGACAGAUGUAGGCGCGGCGAGAGACGAAGAGUAAGUGUAAUGCUUUUGCGUGUGUCUCGCAUCAUGCUCGCCACAUCUCGCGUACAUCGUAAAUUACCUCUGUCUCUCGAGUUUCACCGAUAAAGUUCCACGAUACAGAUGGUUACCGCGACCGAACUGUCCGAUUUCCAUCCGUUAUAUUUAUAGAGCGCACACCCGGUUUAUUUUCUGCAUGUCAUUCGAUCCUCGAAAAAUAUACAUCCACUGGCUCUGACAUGUCCUAAUCUGUGUUUUUGCACAUCUCUCCUAACUAGAAUCAUUACAAUUGAAACACAAGUUGUAAGGAAGAAAACUCAGAAUGGAAUCUGCUAUAACUGGGCGAAGGAGGAAUGCCACACGGCAUUCUGCGGAAGAUCAAGCGCUUGAUCAAAUAGCUAAGGAGGCAGAAGCAAGACUUGCUGCUAGGAGACAAGCAAGAGCGGAAGCUAGAGAAAUACGAAUGCGUGAAUUAGAGAGACAACAAAAAGAGGCAGAGGAGAAUGCUGACAGGGUUUAUGACAUGUGUACAGCUGAUGUGAACAGAACUAUGAGAGUAACCCCAGAUCCAGUACGUACAUCACGGCUUCUUACAAAUUCCAACAAUUUCCAAUCAAGUCGCAGAUCUUCAGAAGAUUCACUAGAAGAUGCAGGAUUAAGUAGAGAUAUUAGGCUGGAAUUAAAAGAAUUUGAAGAAAAAUUCAGAAAGGCAAUGAUAGCUAAUGCUCAAUUAGACAACGAAAAAUCAUCUUAUGUCUACCAAGUUGAUUUAUUAAAAGAUAAAUUAGAAGAAUUAGAGGAAACAACUGUACAAUUACGUAGAGAAUUGAGGGAAAAAAAUCGAGAUGUUGAACAAUUAAAACGAGUCAAUCAGAAAUUAAAAGAAGAUUUAGGUAUUUGCAAGGCACAAUUAUUAGAAAGAGAUACACUUAUACAAGAAAAUGGCUUAAUUAUCGUUGACAACGAAGGAAGCGAAGAUGAAGAUAAUGAAAAUAUCGAAAAUAGGCCAUAUUGUAGAAAAAGGGUACUAGUCAGUACAGAAGCUGCAGAAUUAUUGGAAACAGCUGGUAAAGGUUCACUUGAUGUCCGAUUAAAAAAAUUUGCUUUUGAAAAAAAGGAAUUGCAAGAUGAAAUUCGACAUUUAAGAUUGGAACUGGAAGAAACUAGAAAUCGUAUGAGAUCCGAGAGAUCAUCUGGCUCAGUAUUAGCAGGUUGCUUGUCAGAAAACGAAGAUAUUCAGCGUGAGGCAAAUAAAUUGUUAGCAGAUUAUAAAUUUAAAUUGCAGAAAGCGGAACAAGAUAUGUCCACAUUACAAGCAACAGUGGCUAGAUUGGAAAGUCAAGUAAUUCGUUACAAAUCAGCUGCAGAAGCAUCUGAAAAAGCAGAAGAUGAAUUAAAAGUGGAAAAAAGAAAGUUACAGAGAGAAGUAAGAGAAACGCAAGCUCGUGUAGAAGAAUUGGAAACAGCUAACUCUCAUCUGCAAAGGCGAUUGGAUAAACUUAAAAAUGCAAAAUCGGCACUUUUAAAGGAGCUUUGACAGAGUGAUGUUUGCAGAGAUAUACAAUGAAUGUCAUUUACUUAUAUCUUGAUUACUGUGUGCCGAUGUUGCCUCAAUAAUUAAUACUACUUAACAUUUUGAAUGUAGUUUACAAAGGCGAAGAUUAUGUAAUAUCGUUAUAACAUUUCAUAUUGUAGUGGACGUCAUUCGGACACAGAUCCAUAGAAAAUUGCUGUGGAAAAGAUUUCUUUUUACAUUUAUCAAGUUUUUGAUACCAACUUUGUUACUCUUGCAUUAUAAGAAUAAUACUCUUGCUUUAGUGAAAUAACAA